AUGAGGUCGUCUUGUUCAGAUAGAAUUAACAUUGCCGCGAGCGCUCAGAGACUCGAUGUCGACAAUCGGAUUCCUCUGCAUAUAUACUUUCGGAUCGCUAAUAAUAUCCUCAAACAGGCGGACAUAUUUCGACAAGAGAGGAAUAUUAUAGACCUAUACAUUAUGCUCCUAAGGUUUUCAAGUUUGGUAUCUGAGACAAUACCAUGUCAUCGAGACUACAGAGCAUCUGUUCAAGGGGAAAAAGCUUUUUUGAAAAAGAAAUUGUUUAAUGCUCUAAACGAGCUGGAGGAGCUAAAGCCAGCAGUGAAACAGAAGAAUGAUGAGUUUAACAGAAGGAAUGAAAAUCACAAAAAUGGGUGGGGCCGCAAUCACCAAAUUGCUGCUGUGAUUCAAUCUCCUCUUAAGAAGCAAACUUUGAGUAGUUAUGAUCUAACCAAGGCAGGACAGUUUUCCUAUCAAACUCCAAGGGCUCAACAGUUUUCCUAUUCAAGGCCUGUGGAAGAUCAAUUUCGCAAACUAUCUGUUAGUAUCCCACGUCCAAAGGAGGAAACUCUUUCCAGACAUUCUAUUCUGGGCCCAAACGGGCUUCAUGGACAGUGGCAGCCACCUAGAAGUGAUAUAGGGGUCCGAUAUCCAAGCAUUUUAGACUUGACUCCUAUUGAAAUCCCCAGACUGGGACAGUCCAUAGAAGAAGAGCAUACAAUUAUAAAAGACACUAGCAAUUCAGAACCUGAAAGGUCAACUUUGGAACCAAUUCGUACCCAAAAUACUGAUGAUGGCCAGAUGCUUCCUACUGAGGAACUUCGCUCCCUUAUUUCCUUCGAAUCAACAGAAACUCCUGAUCAUACAAAAAUUAUUAGACAGCCUUCUCCUCCACCUGUCCUUGCCGAAGUACAAGAUUUGAUCCCAGCAGUUUCACCUCAAGUCCCUGAGGUAGAAUGUGGACUGGAGACUCUCUCAUCGGAUGACUUACUUCGUGCUGAAUCUCCCCUGCAAUUACACAUUUCAACGACAAUGAUGGAACACUUCAUGAAGCUGGCUAAGUCAAAUACUGAUAAGAACUUAGAGACUUGCGGCGUCCUAGCAGGCUUACUUAAAAACAGAAAGUUUUUUGUUACUGCUCUCAUCAUACCAAAGCAGGAGUCAACGUCAGAUUCUUGUCAAACCACGAAUGAAGAGGAAAUUUUUGAAGUUCAGGAUAAACAAUCUCUUUUCCCUCUUGGCUGGAUACAUACUCAUCCUACACAGUCUUGUUUCAUGUCGUCGAUUGAUCUUCACACCCAUUAUUCAUAUCAGAUUAUGUUGCCAGAAGCUGUUGCAAUUGUCAUGGCACCAAGAGGUGGUACAAGAACCCAUGGUAUAUUCCGAUUGACAACCCCAGGUGGCAUGUCAGUCAUUAGACAGUGCCAACAGCGUGGUUUUCAUCCACAUGAUCAGCCACCGGAUGGUGGGCCCAUUUACAAGACAUGCGCAGAUGUUUAUAUGAACCCCAAUCUAAAGUUUGACGUCAUUGAUCUUCGAUAG